CCUGCUGCCUGCCGUGCUGGCUGCACAGCCUUCGGCGCCCGAACCAGUGGAAGCUCCUCUGAGGAAACUACCUUGGGGUCAAUUGAACUUCUUGGCGACAACAGAUACACAUGGAUGGCACGGCGGCCACCUGCAGGAUAUUCCGCCGAUUGGGGCGAUUACAUCUCUUUCGCUCACCAUCUUCGCCAGAAGGCCGACGACGAUGGUAGUGACCUUCUCAUCGUAGAUACAGGCGACCGAGUAGAGGGCAAUGGUCUCUAUGAUGCCUCAAACCCCAAGGGACACUACACGAAUGGUAUUAUCAAACAUCAAAACAUAGACAUCAUUACUUCGGGCAACCACGAACUCUACAAGAAGAACUCAUCCGACAAUGAGUACUAUCACACUGUGCCCAACUUCAAGGACGCCUAUAUCGCUUCCAACCUAGACAUGUACAACCCAGAUACUGGAAAGCUGCAGCCUCUUGCACAGAGAUACAGAAAAUUUACGACAAAGAACCAGGGAAUCAGGAUCAUGGCCUUUGGCUUUCUCUUCAACUUUCGUGGAAACGCGAACAACACCGUCGUACAGCGGGUGGAAGACACGAUCAAGGAAGAAUGGUUCCAAGACGCCAUCCGUGACAAAGAUAUUGACCUGUUUGUCGUUGCUGGGCAUGUUCCUGUCUCCGACUCACCCGAGUUUGAUGCCGUCUACAAGGCUAUCCGUGGUGUAGCAUGGGAUACCCCCAUUGCUUUCUUUGGUGGUCACACCCAUAUUAGGGAUUACCACAAGUUCGAUAAGAUCGCCUACGGUCUUGAGAGCGGUCGUUACAUGGAGACGCUCGGUUUCAUGUCCAUCUCCGGUCUCGCCCACCACAAAAACAGUUCUGAGAGUUCUCCUCUUGCGAAUCCUGAGUUCAAGCGUCGUUAUAUCGACAACAAUCUGUACUCACUUCAUCGCCACUCUGGCAAGAACGAGACCACCUUCCCUACUGAGAUUGGUCGCGACGUAUCUGCAACCAUCUCAGCUGCUAGGAAACAUCUUAAUCUCGAUCACACAUAUGGCUGUGCCCCUAGAGACUACUGGCUGAACAGAGCUCCUUAUCCUUCGAAGUCGAGCGUCUUGACUUGGCUCGAGAAUGAUGUGCUGCCAGACACCGCGCGAAACUCGUCCAAGUCACCUCAACUCGUCAUCACCAACUCUGGCGCCGUGCGCUUUGACAUCUUCGAAGGCUCCUUUACUAUCGAUACCACAUUCCUCGUCUCACCAUUCACAAGCGGUUUCCACCGACUGAAGAACGUACCUUAUAAAGCAGCAAAACAACUGCUGCAGUUGCUCAAUAAUGAGGGCAAGAUCCUUCUAUCAGAAAUGAUGGUGAUGAGCGCCGUCCACAGAGACCUGGCAAAACCCAAUCUCUGGGAACUCAUGCCACCAAAGAUGCCGUCCACGAACCGAUCCCAGCAAGAUAUUGAAGACGACAUGAAUCUCGACGACGCCUUCAGACACGAGUUCGGACAAGAAGUUAUGAACGCCGCCGGACACGGAAAGCACGAAAUCGUCCCCGGCUACGUGACGGUCGAUGACGCAGGCAAAGACGGCGACGACACAAUCCACUCACCCAUCCUCUUCUACGAUAUCCCCAACUGCAUCCAAGCAGAAGUAAACUUGCCAUCCGACAAAAAGGAUCUCGAGACUGUGGAUAUUGUAUACAAUGAAUUCAUCGAGCGAUGGAUUCUUCUGGCUCUGAGGUUCUUGGGUGAGAGUUAUGGUGUUGAAGAUGUAGAGGUUACUUUUGACGGCAUGAGUUUUACGGAUGUGCUUAGCGAGUGGGUGCAUAAGAAUUGGGCUUGU